GUAACUAUUUAUGUGCGAGGUCUUCCAACAGCAGCACGAGACUCUUCGCCUUCGCGUUCCAACGACAUAUUCUCCUACUAUUCGAUUGCGCCGCUAGAAUCAGAGCCUGGAUUCCCCUCUCCCCACGAUCGGUCGACGGGAUCUCAAGCAAGCGGUUUACGACAUUGACUGAACUUGUCGUCAAUUUUCGCGGCUUGUUCGACAAAUCAAUAACAAGAUCUGCUCACGGCUUAGAACGACAUAGACCAAGUGUCGUACCCUUCUCAGGACGAACGCGCUCGCGGAAUACGGCAUUCCUUUCGCCAUACAGGUGAAAGGACAUCGCGCAUCGGAAACAUUGUUCUCCGCUUGUAUAUCUGAUACCUGGUUGGGACGCAACAGCGUGAGGAAGAACAAGAGCAGGAAAGUCCGAGAGUCCGAGAAAACAUCCAGUCACAGGGAAAGCCGCAAAAUAUACCUUGAGGCCGCUAUCAGCUCUUGGUAUAUCGUCAGGCACACGGUUGUGCCGGCAGCUUCGAGGGCGACAUGGUUUCCACGAGGCACCAUCCCAGACCCUUCCCUGAGCCAGCAACACCCAGCUCAACAACCCGAUCCAAUGCCACUGACUCGCUCUCCAAGUCGUCCUCCCCUCCACUUUCGGAUGACUCAAUAACCAUUUCGCCGUCCGUUUCUCGAAAGCGCCGAUCGAAUCGAUCCUCUAAUGCAAGGUUGUCGUCCUCGUCGACCCACCCUUACUCGCAUACCGCACCACCCCUGUUGUUGAUCUGGCUGUUCGUUUCCCUUCCCCUGGUUGUAUGGGAUACAGGCUACAUCGCACUCAGGCCACACUCGAUGCCGGGAGGGAAAUUUCACUCGCCCGUCUGGUCACUGUACGCGCUGUAUGGUACGGUGGAUUAUGUUUAUGGCUGGCCGGCGUGGGACGGCCAUGUGGGCUUCACAGCGGCACAGGCUUCACUGAAUGUCAUUGAGACAGUCAUGUACAUCUACUACCUGAGCACAAUAUUGAGCAUCGGUACAGACGGUCUCCUGAGCUGUCGCACCGUGCACGGAUUUUUCCUGGGUGAGAGGGACAAGUCCGUCCGUGGCCCCGGUGUGGCUACGGCUGUCGUCGUCCUCUUCUCCGCUGCUGUGAUGACCCUAAGCAAGACCAUCCUGUACUGGCUCAACGAAUACUUCUCGAGUUUUGCAAACAUUGGCCACAACGACAUGUAUAAUCUUGUCUUCUUGUGGAUCAUUCCUAAUGGUCUCUGGCUGAUCUUCCCGGCGUACAUGAUAUACUUGCUCGGAAAAGAGAUGGUCGCUGGAAUGGAGGGCACUCAAGCAGAAAAGGAAGAGUGAUAAGAAGGCCACAGAACGGAGACGAUAAAUAGACAGCGCAGUCUUUGAGAUGAUCGAGACGAUUUCCGACGUGGCCUUCUCUGCUCGGUCCUUGCGAUUGCCGAAGCCACGAGGAUUUUUGGAAUUGUGCCAAAUACGGGAUCCCGCUGCUGCUUCCGCGGCGGCGGAAGAUGACAGAGGUCUCAGAAAAGCCAAGAGGUCGCGGAAUGCCGGAAUGGAGUAUCUCUCUUAGCCUGAUGGCAGCCGUUUACCGGACCUCUUGGGAAUACGUCUCAACCACGGAAGAACUUUUUGUGCAACGUGCUUAGGGUUGCAAUCAUGGACGAGCAGUUUCUUGUCGGGAAUCAUGACCGACGAAAUCUGGCAACCUUCCCGGGUCGGAUGGGGAGCAGGGAGCUCUGGAGUCUUGGGUUCACGAGAUUAGUUACACCAAGGUUUGCGCUAUUUGGAGGAAACGACCGGUGAUCAGGGCACGGUGCAUUGUGACAACUGCUACGCCCUUGCACCAGGUGAAUGUCAGGGGAAAGAGUUGGCGGGGACGAUGUUUUGUAAGGAUGCAUUGUCCUAUGCAGCCGAGCAUUGUGGAUAGUGGAGGGAGGGUGUCUCGGGGGAAUGCCAAAUACCGUAGGAAUCGUUGCAGAGCAAGUGGACGGAAGGAAAGGCCCGGGGAGGGGCAUCGACUGGUCACGGUGCAGAGAAGAGCAUAUAAUGUGCUUCAACACAGGGUUACAAUUGGCACAGACAGCUAUGGAGUAUUGACGCCGAACUAUCC